AUGGCCCGCAACGCUCGAUUUAUCUUCUUUCUUACCCUAUUCAUACUCUUCGCGCUUGGCGCGCUGGCCGAUGACGUUGAAGGCUGUCCCUCGGGGCUGGUGUAUUCCCCCUUCGUUCCAUACUUUCGCUAUCCAGCCGACUCUGCACAGGCAUGCUGGGGCUUCGCUAUCUGCACUUUUAUGGAGGCCGACGAGGCGCGCAAACAGCAAUACGGAGCAACUGCCCUUGUGAUGGGCUUGGUGCCCCUAACACUACGCGAUAUUGCCUGGCCCGAGCGGCGUACUGUACUGGUAUCUGCCCCGCUGCCAUUCAUCGCUGCCACAGCUGUUAGGGCGCUGGGCUUGGAGCCCACCCUUGCGACAGAUGUGGAGGAGGAGCGCCUCCGGCAGUGGUUGUCAUGGAUGCACACGGGGUGGCUCACUAAUAUUAAGGCGAAAUCAAACAUCACGAAAGCUCUAUUUGUGACGGCUACCUUGGUGGCCCUCCUCGUCGCCUAUGCCGCGUUGGCGCUGGUGGAAAUAUACUCUAAGCGCAGUGCCCUCGGCUGUCCAUAUCCGAUCUUUGGUCUGACCUGGUGUCUGGUGGGGAUUAUCCCGGGUGCGAUCCAUAGCAUGUUUGCCAGCUGGCGGGAAGAGAAAUCGGGGAGAGCGGGCAGAGAGACAGCUGUGCAGGGAGCGGACGAAGCCUGGCCGGUUCAGCUAACAUGGGCUAUCUAUUACACUGCGGGCACGCUUGUGUUCACUUCAAUCAUGGCGAUUACGGUAUUGGAGCUGUUCGUGUGGGUAGUUGUAAUGCUUGCUGUGACUGGGGCCAGCAAGCUGCUCGCGCUUUACAUCUGUUUGCUGCUGAGAAACCCUGCCUCCUCUUAG